CAGCUUUUGUUCGCCAUUGUGGUUACUGUGCCUUCCAGAGCUUCUCAUCAUGUCUUCUCACAAGACUUUCAGAAUCAAGCGGUUUCUGGCCAAGAAACAAAAGCAAAAUCGUCCCAUUCCCCAGUGGAUUCAUAUGAAAACUGGUAACAAAAUCAGGUACAACUCCAAAAGAAGACACUGGAGGAGAACCAAGCUGGGUCUUUAAGGAAUUGCUUCAGAUGCCCACAUAUUUAUUCUCUACCAUGAACCAGUCAAGCUGAAAAGUCAAUACUGCCUGGACUGACAGUUGGGCAUUUUUUAAAUUGACUUUUCUUUGGUUAUUUUAAUAAUGGGCUCAGUAAUAAACAUGUAAUAAACAUUACAUUUGAAU